CCUCGCGAAGUUUCCCAGUUCCGACGACGCUGUUAAUUUCAUUGCUACGAAGUACCAACAGUCCUCACUUCCCAGUUUCCACCAGCCCGAGGUUCCUUGUGGAACUUAGCUGCCCAGGAUGUCCGACUCGGAGGAAGUCAGCUAUUCCCGCGAGGCCACGAUUGCCACCAUAACCGAUUACUACACCUUCCUCACUCGGAUGUACAUGAACGAGUCCCAGGUCAUUUACCCGCCCACCGAGGGCUGGCCAUCCAUCGUCAAUGCCGACCCCGGCAAGCUGCAAGACCUGGGCAAGUCGGACGAGGUGUUGUCGCUGCUGGCCCACUUGCCCUACAUCCGUUGCCCCGGUGACUGGAACUACGAGGCGGAUGCUGUCCCUCGCUGCUCUUUUGAAGACUGGUCAUACCUUUUCGAAACGCUCGACCGGGGUGGAAGCAAGGUCGAAUCCGUGCGCGAUUACACUGAGGGAUUCCCGCUUCGCGACCUUUCGCUCCCUCAUGUCAUCGGCCUGUCGCACGCUGACCAGGAGGACAGCCCUGUCAUCUUGCUCGACACAGAGCUCGACAUCAUCCACUGGGAGGAUUGCACCCGCCCCUAUGAAGUCGGGAGGAAUCGAGCUCGAGUCGAUUGGGAGGAACUGAAAAAGGAUCGAUUGGAUCUUGAUGACUUGGAUGAUGUGGUGUCCCAGACAGAAAAAGACUGGCGAUACAGCGCCUCCGCGUGGGCAAUCCCUGACUUCUUCGAGGUCCUCAAGGACGAGUUCAGGACUUUGAACUGGGUUCCCAUCAGUCCCUACACGGUGCGUGGCAGCAAAGAACGCUGGACUGAGGUCGGCAUGAUGUCCAUGUUGAAGGAAAUUUACCGGCAACAUGGCUGGCCCGACUUAGCAGCUUACCGCAAGACGGAAUGGCUAGAAGCUGUGCGGAGGGCCCUGGUCGAGAACUCUUCCCGACUGUGUGUAACUGAGGCUAAUCAAGGACCUGUACGUAUGUAGCAAAGCUAAGAACGG